CGGUGGCGCGGACCGUUACUUGGCCGGCGGGGCUGGCGGCUCGGGGGGCCUCCGGACCGCGCCCGAGGCCGCCAUGGAGACCCUGCGGGCGCAGCGGCUGCAGCCGGGAGUGGGCACCGGCGGAAGGGGCACGCUGCGGGCGCUGCGGCCCGGGGUAACCGGGGCGGCGGCCACACCCCCGGCGGGGCCCCCGCCCGCCCCGCCGCCCCCCGCCCCGCCCCCGCCGCCGCCGCUGCUGUCGUCGGGGGGCCCCGGGCUGCCGCUGCCCCCCGGCGCGGCCGGCAGCCCCGCCGUGCUUCGCGAGGCCGUGGAGGCCGUGGUGCGGAGCUUCGCCAAGCACACGCAGGGCUACGGCCGGGUGAAUGUGGUAGAGGCCCUCCAGGAAUUCUGGCAGAUGAAGCAAUCCCGCGGGGCUGACUUGAAGAAUGGGGCUCUAGUGGUGUAUGAGAUGGUUCCUUCCAACAGUCCCCCCUAUGUCUGCUAUGUCACCCUGCCUGGAGGAAGCUGCUUUGGGAGUUUCCAGUUUUGCCCCACCAAAGCUGAGGCCCGGAGAAGUGCUGCAAAAAUUGCAUUGAUGAACUCUGUGUUUAAUGAGCAUCCUUCCCGAAGAAUCACCGAUGAGUUCAUUGAGAAGAGCGUCUCCGAGGCCCUGGCGUCAUUCAAUGGAAACAGGGAGGAAGCUGACAACCCCAAUACAGGAAUUGGUGCCUUCCGAUUCAUGUUGGAAUCUAACAAGGGCAAGUCAAUGUUGGAAUUUCAGGAACUAAUGACAGUUUUCCAACUAUUGCACUGGAAUGGCAGCCUUAAGGCCAUGAGGGAAAGACAGUGCUCUCGGCAGGAGGUGUUGGCUCAUUAUUCACACCGGGCACUGGAUGAUGAUAUUCGCCACCAAAUGGCCUUGGACUGGGUGAGCCGGGAGCAGACUGUGCCCGGGGCACUGUCUAGAGAGCUGGCCUCCACUGAACGGGAGCUGGAUGAGGCCCGGCUCGCGGGCAAGGAACUGCGCUUCCACAAGGAAAAGAAAGAUAUUCUCAUGCUGGCUGCUGGACAGUUGAGCAAUAUGCACCCCUCCAACUGCUAGGCCUCUCUCCUCACAUGGCCUGUCCUCUUUAGCCCUUUUUUCUAUGUCUCUUUCUAAGACUUAGGAUAAUUUCUGUAUAUACUUUCUCAGUUUUGUACUUUAAAAAAUAUAUAUGUAUAAAUUCUA